CUCGCUACGCCGUAGACGGAUCUACGGGACCGCGCAACUUUGAACGUGCUUUGUGAAUAAUUUCGUUUAAAUAACUGCUUCGCAAGUAUGGCGUGUUCUAAAAGCAUCACUCUACUGUUGGUGUGUCUCCUGAGUAGCGUAUUGUGCAACCCUGUGCGACGCUCGCCCGACCUGGAGGCACGCCGAAGGAGUGCUGAUCGGAAUAUGAUAAGAUUUGGCCGUUCAUACCCUCACGAAGCGACCGCCGCUGAGAUCCGGGAAUCAUUGCAGCGUCCAACUCGUCGUGGCAACAGCUUUCUACGUUUCGGCAGAUCCCAACCACUGACCUUCACUACCGACGACCUUAUAUCUCUUCUCCGCUCCUACGAAGAGGAUUACGAUACCCCUACCAAGCGUGUCUCCAACUUCGUCAGAUUCGGCCGUGAUCCCAAAUUCAUUCGACUAGGCAGGUCUGUUGAUGACGAAAAGACUUACGAACAGAAUACCGAUCUUUAUGUGAACGGUAAUCCUCAAAGGAAGAACCGAGCUAGAGACAGCUUCGUGAGACUUGGCCGUGAUAGUGAAGAUGUUAUUGAGACUGAGGAAGUUCUAGAUGAAAGAAGGAAGAGGUCUGUUGAAUGCGACGACUGCCAUACGUAAUUUUACCCCGCCUACUUAUAGAAACCGUGACGU